AUGGUUCCCGGUGACACCCCUAUGGGGGUCCAACACAACGAAAAAGUUCUCUUAUCGGAGGAGUUAGCUCGGGACCCCACGCAGGAGAAGCCAGCCCAUUUGACGGGCGUUCGGCUGUUCCUGGUAAUGAUUGCGCUACUGAUAGGCAUGUUUUUGGUUGCCUUGGACAUGAACAUUGUGUCGACGGCGAUUCCAAAGAUCACGGCUCAAUUUCACAGUGUGGAUACAGUGGGUUGGUAUGCAUCGUCCUUCUUCUUGACUCUUGCCUGCUUUCAGUCGCCAUGGGGCAAGGCGUACAAGUACUUCCCGCUCAAGACGACUUUCUUUGCUUCCGUCGUGCUGUUCGAAGCGGGUAGUCUUAUCGCGGGAGUCGCGCAGAAUAACACCACCUUCAUAGUGGGCCGAGCUAUCACAGGGGUCGGGGGUGCAGGCAUCACAGGCGGCGUGUAUAUCAUCACUGCUUUGAUCGUCAAGCCCACGCAGGUUCCUGUAUACCUGGGUCUGCUAGGUGCCGUAUUCAGCUGUGCUAGUGUCUGUGGCCCAUUGCUGGGAGGAGUGUUCACGGAUAAGACCUCAUGGCGUUGGUGCUUCUACAUCAAUCUGCCCGUCGGCGGAUUCGUGCUACUCAUUCUGAUCUUCUUCUUUCACACCCCCGGCCGCCACAAACCCACACCGGCAUCAUGGACAGACAUCUUAUUGCAGAUGGACCCGUUGGGGAUUCUCAUCAUCCUGUGCGCCAUGGUGUGCUACUGUUUGGCCCUGCAAUGGGGCGGUGUCCAUGAUCCGUGGAGUUCAUCGCGGGUGAUAGGGACGUUGGUAGGAUGGGUUCUGCUCACCGUGGCUUUUAGCAUUGAUCAGUGGCUCCAGGGCGAGAAGGCGCUCCUGGUGGCGCGGUUCCUGCAACGCCGCGAGAUCGCCGUGUGUUGCGCGUUCAUCUUCUUCCUCAACUCGUCCAAUUUCCUGCUUAUUUACAACCUUCCCGUUUACUUCCAGGCCAUCGCCAACGCCUCGCCCAUGGGAAGUGGCAUUCGCAAUCUCCCGCUGAUGCUCGCGAGCUCGAUCUGCACUCUCCUUAGCGGAAGCCUCCUCAAAUACGCCAAGGGUCGUUUUCAGCUCUUCCUAGUGGCAGGAUCUGCCGUCCUGACCAUCGGCGCAGGCAUGCUGUACACUAUGGGGCUCAAUCCCUCCACCGGCCAGUACAUCGGGUACCAGAUCCUGGUGGGUGUGGGCGUGGGACUGAGUAUCCAGAUUCCCGUGAUGGCAUGCCAGACGCUGGUAGAUCCGGUGGAUAUUCCCGUCGUAACGUCCAUGGUGCUAUUCUUCCAACUUAUCAGUGGUGCCCUCUCCGUCCCCGCUGCCCAAAGCAUUUUCGACAACCAGCUUGUCGCCGGCCUGGCCAUCUACGCGCCCUCUGUCUCUCCCGCGUCUGUCUUCGCCGCCGGCGCGACUGAGAUUCGAGAUUUAUUCUUGCCUUCUCAGCUACCAGGCAUUUUACUCGCGUAUUUGAAGGGAAUUAAGGCAUCGUGGGCGUUGGGGAUCGCGCUGGGAGGGACGGCGGUGUUAGUCAGCUGGAUCCCUAUGAAGAAGUUGGGGAAUACGCCUGUUAUCGGUGCGGUGGGUUGA